AUGGAGGCGGCGCUGAAGGCAAGCAUCGCAUUGUCCCAACUCCCCACCCCCAAAACCCUAGGCGCCGUGGGGCCCCGACGCCGCGCGGCGCUAGAAUCCUAUCCCAACGGCGGCGGCGGUCUAAUCUCGCACGUUUCUGUAUGUGCAGGGCUAUUUCGGGUACUCAACGUUCCGGCCGUACCAGAGGGAGAUCAUACAGAAGCUAUCAAAUUCCCCCCACUGGUUACAAAGAAGACAGCUGUUGUUGUAAGCCCUCUUCUGUCCCUGAUGCAAGACCAGGUUAUGAGUUUAAAACAAAAAGGUGUGAAAUCUGAGUACCUUGGCAGCACCCAAAUGAAUAGCUCCGUCAGCAAUGAGGCGGAAAAGGGCGCGUUUGAUGUGCUGUACAUGACACCAGAGAAAGCCAUUUCACUUCCUUCAAGGUUUUGGAGUAACUUGCAGGCUGCUGGAAUCUGCUUGUUAGCUGUCGAUGAAGCUCAUUGCAUAUCGGAAUGGGGCCAUGAUUUCAGGAUGGUGUACAAGCAGCUGCAUUCAUUGCGCGACCUUCUUGUGGGUGUUCCCUUUGUUGCUUUAACUGCCACUGCCACAGAAAGGGUACGCCGAGAUAUUUCUACUUCCUUGGUUCUACGCAGUCCUCAUGUGGUGGUUGGCUCAUUUGAUCGUUCUAACCUUUUCUAUGGUGUGAAAACAUGCAACCGAUCUAUGUCCUUUAUAAGUGAACUUGUGAAAGAUGUUUCAAAGAAGAGUGCUGCGGGUGAGUCAACAAUAAUAUAUUGUACGACCAUCCGGGACACAGAACAGGUUCAUGAGGCUUUAGUCACUUCUGGAAUCAGGGCUGGAAUUUAUCACGGUCAAAUGGGCAGCAGAGCUAGAGAGGAAUCCCAUAGAUCCUUCAUUAGGGAUGAAGUUCUUGUGAUGGUGGCAACUAUAGCUUUUGGAAUGGGUAUUGAUAAGCCUGAUGUUAGAUGCGUAAUACACUAUGGAUGUCCAAAGAGCCUAGAGUCCUACUACCAGGAAAGUGGGCGUUGUGGAAGAGAUGGACUGCCUUCAGUCUGCUGGCUAUAUUACCAAAGAAGUGAUUUUACAAAAGCUGAUUUCUAUUGUUCUGAGGCAAAAAAUGGAACCCAGAGAAAAGCAAUCAUGGAUUCCUUCAUGGCAGCACAAAAAUAUUGCCUCCUUGCUACAUGCCGUAGAAGGUUCUUAUUGCAGUAUUUUGGUGAAGAAUGCAACACUGACUGUGGCAAUUGUGAUAAUUGCACAGCAGUGAAAAACGAGAGGGAUUUGUCAAAAGAAGCCUUUCUGUUGCUGUCCUGCAUCAAAUCUUGUGGAGGACGCUGGGGCCUCAAUUUACCUAUUGAUGUUCUUCGUGGAUCACGAGCCAAGAAGAUUGUUGACAACAAUUAUGAUAAACUACAAAUGCAUGGGCGUGGUAAAGAUUAUUCGUCAAACUGGUGGAAAGCACUUGGUGGUCUCCUUAUAGCACACGAUUAUUUGAAGGAGACUGUUCAUGAUACAUUUAGAUUUGUCAGUGUCAGUCCAAAAGGGGUCAAGUUUCUCUCUACUGCUGAUAAAAUGGAUGGAACACCACUGGUAUUUCAGCUGACUGCAGAGAUGAUUGAACUAGAGGAGCAUGGUAGUUCACAUCAUAAAGAAGGUGGUGGUUUAAAUCCUGUGCUAACAUUAGAAUCUGAAAAAAUUUCUGAGGAUGAAUCAAAACUCUAUCAAAUGCUCCUGAAUGUUAGGAUGAAGCUUGCUCAAGAUAUUGGCACUGCUCCGUAUGCUAUAUGUGGUGAUCAGACGAUAAGAAACUUUGCAAAGAUGAGACCUUCUACUGGAGCUAGACUUGCUAAUAUCGAUGGUGUCAACCAGCAUUUUAUCUCACGUUUCAGUAACAUUUUCAUCCAAAAUAUCGCGCAAUUGUCGAAGGAGUUAAACCUCCCGUUGGAUAAUUCACCAUUACCACCACCAACAACAAAUCCAGCUGUAGAAAAUAUUGCUGGUAUACCAAAACCUUUACAAAACAAUCUUCCUGGGAUCUUGGGUGAUGCAAAGCUGACUGCUUGGGAAUUGUGGCAUAAGCAGGAGUACUCAUUCCUGAAAAUUGCUGUAACUUACGACAUGAUCAAGACAUUCCUGACUAUUGAGGGGCGUGGAUUGUCAGAGCAAGUCUUUGGUAACGGUACUGCUGAUGGGGUUCCUAGUAGAAUAGCAGAGUCCCCAAUAUCUUCCUCCCAUGCAAGUGAAGCUAGCAGAAAUGAUAUGGGAGAUGGUGUCCCAGCGGCAGAGGCCAGUGAUGCAAACCCUUCAGCAAAGAGAGGCCAAACUGUUUCUGCUGAGGGGCCAGCAACAAAACUGCAAAGGAUAGACGAGCAUGGGGCAAAGUCAACUGGCACAGCGGCUGCCACUGAAGAAUCUGUGCUAGCUCUGGUUGCGAGCUGCAAUGGGGUAUCGCUGGAGGAUGUUGCCAAGCACUUCAAGGGAUCCAAGAGAGAAUCGGUCUUGGAGAUAUUGGAGGGCCUUGAAUCUCAAUUCAUAAUUUACAAGAGAAACGGGAACUACAUGAUCCUGUGA